AUGCCGGUGAGAGUGCCACGCCGUGAAAACAUGAGGCAUGCGUACACACUUGAUCCUCCUAUCAGCGAGGUUGGGAGAAUUAUAGCGCAGAUAUUUGCACGUGAGUUAGUUACUCGGAACGCCGUUCCCAAAGCGAUUUACUCAUCGCCCAGCUUGGCGAGUGUACAGACUGCGGCCGAUAUACGAAACUUCAUCGGGGGCGAGUGUGGCAGCAUCAAUAUCGAACCUGGCCUGGCAUCCGAUCAAAAUGCAGCGCCACUGUGGAUGAGUCCAAAGGAGUUCAAUCAACUUAAGUACAAUGUUAACGAGAGCUACACUCCAGAACAAGGU